UAGGUACCUAGUUAUAAUUACACUACUAUGUAUAUUAUAAAGGAGGCAGAUGACUUCCGAGGGGGAAUCAUGAUUUCCAAUUCCAAUUCCCGUUGGCUUUACAGCAUUGGCAAAGUCUUCCAACCUGACUAGUACUUACUCACCUAGGCUACCUAGGAGAUGAACGACAAAAUGCGUCAGUCCGAUGUAAAGUCUGUCAUUGCCGUGACUAUGGGCAUGGCAGUGGUACAGAUUAAAACAGGACUGAAGAAUGGAAAGGACCAGUUCCGACGCCUGAAGGGACAGAAGCGACCACGACCCAAACGUGGCUUUGGCCGCUCAAGGGGUUCCGAGCAACGACCUCGCACCAACAACAAGAUAACGGGGUGUUUCGAUGAUUCUACCCGUGAGUCGGAAACAUGCACAGCAACAGCAACGACUACCGCAUCACCGUCACCGUUAACGCCAUCUCCCGAUCCAACCACCGUGGCUUUAAAUACAGGAGGAGACUCAACUACCCCUCCCCUAGCCCUGCCAGAACCCGUCACCACCACGAGUACCAUCUCAACAGUAGCCGAACCGCCUAAAUUUACCAUCCACAAGCGCGGCAAAACCUUUCCACUAUCGCACAAAGAGGCGCAAUCCCAGACCCGGUCUACCCUCAUGGCGGCGUCCGACUCGAGAAACUUCGUCAAGAUCUGGGAGCUGGAGCUGCUGCCGGACCUGGAGAAGAUCCUGGACGACAACAUCAAAAGAGGGUACAGCAUCAACGUGCGGCGCGGCGAGCAGGCGGGCCACCGCAUCAUCGAGGUCCUGGCCUCGGAAGAAGUGCCCGAGAGUGUGCGGAGCUUGCUCGAGCAGAGCAAGGACCGCUACCUGAAUGCUGAUGGGGGGGACAUGGGGGCGAGGACGACGGUGCGGACGCGCGUGGGGAGGGUGGAGUACUUGGCGGACACCAACCACCGCAACGAGGAGGAAGAAGAGGUAGAACCAACAAGCCCGCGCUCAACGCAGAGCAGCGAAAACUGGGAACCACCGAUCAACACGCGGCGGUACACGAACCCCGUGAUGGGCGACUCGGUCGGCCCGCCCUGGCGCGACUCCAGCGCGACCCUGGGCCCCCUUCUCCAAAUGGCCUCCAAGUUCUACCGCCUGCUGAACUGGCACACCUUCGACGACGGGCGCGGGUCUCGCUGCCGCAGCUGCGAGGCCCCGAGCCCGCCAUCCCUCGACGCGUUCCACCCUUCGCUGGACGACUCGAACGGACAGAGCGUGUCGCUCGGCAGGACGGUCGCGUACUCGGGGCGCAUGCACAAGACGACGCGGGUCUCCCGCUCCCUCGCCGACGCCUUCCGCGCCGCGGGGUGUCAUGCCAAGGAGCCGAUACGCACGGUCACGGACUGGGUUUUGGUCGAGACGAGCAAUGCCGGGCAGCCGAACAAAGUGCGCAAGACGGACCUGCCGUCCCAGGAGCGGUGCAACUCCUUCUCCAGAGAGAUCACGCGGACGGCGGACCCGCGGCUCGGCGGUAGCGGCAUUAGCAGUAGCAACACCCCGCAGUUCGUCUACUCAACCGGCCGCUCCAGCGGGCACUCCUUCGGCCAGCUGUGCGAGACCGCGUCGCGGCACAAGCUGCCGGACGGGACCAAGACGCGGAACUGGUGCGUCGAGAGCGCGCUGCCAUGCCAAGCAACAGGGGAAGCUUGGGGCGACGAGCUCGGCGCGCUGGCGUGGAGCCGCGGCGGCAUGGGGGUCCCCGGGGACUCGGGGGCGCCGGUGGUAGACCAGAUGACGAAUCGGCUGCUGGGGCAGAUCUGGGGGCGCGACAAGUACGCCAAAACCACCGCGGCAGGGGCGCCGCCGAUUGCGUACUUCACCGCCAUGUCCGACAUCUUCGACGACGUCCGCGAGCGCAUGCCCGGGGCCGGGGUCCCGAGGCUUCCGGCGGGUGAUGCUUCGUCGUCGUCGUCGACAUCAUCAUCGCUACCCCUCAUCUCCAGCCCCGCGGUGCCGAACCCGCUGCCGGCCGUGAUCGCGGACAGAAGACUCACGCUGGCGAGCAUUGACGAGGAUACCGGCGAAGAAGAGUCGCAGACGCCGCAACAAGUUCCCAGACGGUCUGCGGCGAGGAUGUCGAAGCGGUUGCUUGGGCGGGGAAAUUUGCCUGGGUUGGAGCCGGUCCGUCGGUUCGUGUUGGUUGCGCAUGCUGCGACCUUUUAAGAAGGGGGGGUCUUUUUAAAAGAGAAAGAAGAAUAAGAAAAAAAAGAAGCAGAAAAAGAAAGGAAAGGAAAGAAGGGGGGCGGGGUUGGUAGACGCUCGUGAUGAAUUUGUAUGUACCCCUUUAGUGGAUUCUAGGUUCAUUUCUGCUGGCGCUUGCGGAUGUUAUUCUCUUUUUUCUUUUUGGUGAUACAUGGAAAGGGGAAGCUAUUAGUUAGAUUGGUAUCCCCAAGGGUCAGAUUGAUAUACCAUUUCCUUCUCUUUCCUUUUCCCCUACCUAAGAAGGCAGUGGUGUUACAGUACUUUCUCUAGCUACCCAUCAGAUCUACUAUUUAUAUCUAGGUAGACAUAAUAUCAAGUUAACUUGAAUAUCGCAACAUUUUCUUAACUGUUGUAUACACCAAUAUAGGAUUAUAACUAGGUAGGUAUUUCGCCUACGUACCUACCUAGGUUAGUGAAUUUUCAACAGCGUG